GUAUCCCGCACGCCCUCUCCUUCAUCCACGAUGCCGCCAAUGGCUUCCAAGCUUCGCCCCCUUAUCUCCAAGCAGGCGGCUGCACGUCUUUCGUCUCGCAGUGUUGCUGUCGCGCGUCGUGCUCCUUUGUUUCACGCUGCUUCCGCCUUCGCUCCAACCUCCCACUGCGCCAAUUUUACGACCGGGGGCAAAGGACCUUUCGCUCGCUCCCGGAAGAAACAACAGAAGAGCGCUGUCGAGUCGGUCGAAUACGCGGAACUGGAUCUUAACCGUAUGGCGGUAAUCGGCGGCGGUAACAUGGCUGAGGCCAUUAUCACUGGAGUACUAACCGAGGGGCUCAUCCCCAGCUCCAAGGUCGUCGUCUCCGAUCCCAACCCGUCCAUGCGUAGUAAAUACGCCAAACUCAACGUGGAGACUCACACACGCAACAGCUCGGCGGUCAAGGAAGCGGACGUGAUCUUGGUGGCGGUCAAGCCCCAAGUGGUGGACGACGUGCUGCGGGCUGUAAAGGCGUCGAUGGAUCCGGAUGCGCUGGUCAUUUCAGUGGUAGCUGGUCAGAGUAUCAGGCAGCUGCAGCAACACCUUGGACAGGACAGCCACAUCAUUCGCACCAUGCCGAACACGCCGGCCAUGAUCGGAGAGGGCACGACAGUGUGGGCACAGUCAGCAGAAGUCACGAGUGUGCAGCACGAACUCACCAAACAGAUUCUUGGGUCUUUUGGUGUUGAGGUGUUCGUGGACGAUGAGAACGCUCUGGACAUGGCGACAGCGCUGUCUGGGUCUGGACCGGCCUAUUUCUUCCUCGUCGCCGAGGCAAUGAUCGACACGGGCGUCCACAUGGGAUUUUCUCGACCUGUUGCCACGAAACUGGUGCAGCAAACAAUGCUGGGCUCCGCGCUGUACAUGCAGUCGGAGGAUGUGCACCCUGUCGAGUUGCGGAAUAACAUCACGAGUCCAGGCGGCACCACCGCUGCUGGCCUCUACCGCGCCGAGAAAAACGGUUUCCGCGCCGUCAUCGCCGAUUCAAUUUGGGCCGCGUAUGAGCGCUGUCUUGAGAUCGGCUCCUCCGAGCCCGUGCAGCGUCAACGUCCGCGCUCCUCCGCCAACGUGCACGAAGAGGAUUGCGACCUGCUCAAGCAGCAGGGAAUAUUCUACGGACUUUACUGA